AUGGCUACGUUCAAACAGCUGGUUCGAUUCGCAGUCGGCGAUCAGACGCAUUACGGUGAGCUGAUCAACACCGACGGUAAUAUGUAUACGGUGCAGCAGUUCGAUGGUACUCCCUUCGACAAAUUGCUUUCGACAGACAAAGUCUACACCGUGAAUGAUCUUCUAUCACCUAUCCCAAGUACUCCCGUCGUUAUCUGUAUCGGGCUCAACUACAAAGAACACGCGAAGGAGGCCAGUUUGAAUGUCUCGACCUACCCUUCAGUCUUCACCAAACCCGCCGACGCCCUCGCCGGUCCCUUUGAAACCAUCCCCAUCCACCGUGACGCUCAAUCCCACCUCGACUACGAGGGCGAGUUAACCGUCGUCAUCGGCAAGGAUGCGAAGAAUGUGUCUACAGAGAACGCUCUCGACUACGUUCUCGGAUACACCGCGGGGAAUGAUCUCUCGGCGCGCAACUUCCAGCUCCCCGAGGCGUCGGGGGGUCAAUUCUGCUACGCCAAGUCGUUCGAUCAGUUCGCCCCCAUCGGACAUGUUCUAAUCAGCGCCCAAGAGGUACAAGCCCCGCAGCAGCUGAGCCUGGUCACCAAGGUGAAUGGGCACGUCAAGCAGACAACCGAUACCAGUGAUAUGAUUUGGGGCGUGCGCGAGAUCGUUAGUCAUCUGUCGCGUGGGACGACCCUGAGGAAGGGCACCGUGAUCAUGACUGGCACCCCGUCGGGAGUGGGCUUCUUCCGAAAGGAAUUCUUGCAGGAUGGAGAUGUGGUGGAGGUCGAGGUGGGAGGUAUGGCGACGGUGAAGAACACGAUGAAGUUUCUGUAG